GCUCCAACUAAACAUUGAAAUACACCGGCCUGCCUACAUAUGUUCCGUCUUCUCUCUUCUUGCUUCUGAACAGUUAUCGGACACAGAUCACCGACCCUACGAGCUGUAAACCUAACAACACGUUACGUGAAAGUGACCAGGUAGGCAGAGCCCAUGAGUCGCAGUCGGAACCCCCCUCCCCGGGGUCAAGGGGCAGCGCGAGCCAAACAGAUGGGGCUGCUCCUUGACCUGUCCCCGGACGGAGGGAUGAAUGAUGAGGGAAAUGAUGACGAGCUGGAGGCAGAGCUGCUGAACCUGGUGGGAGGCGGAGGAGGAGGGGGGAGAUCACAAGGGAGGAAAAGUGAAGGCAAAACUCCUGUUGCAAUGGCGGAAAUAGAGCGAAUGGCAGCUCUUUGUAUGAAGGAUCUGGAUGAUGAGGAAAUGGGGGAUGAUGAUUUGGACGAUGAGGAUCUUCUGGCAGAACUGAAUGAGGUUUUAGACGAUGACGAUGAACAAACUCCUGCUCCCACUCCUCCUGCCGUCACUCCACCUGCUGCCAAAGCGAGCGUUACAUCCCACUCUGCUCCUCCUGCUGCCCCCAGUGGUGCAAGUGGGGUGGAAUCCCGUCUGUUGGAGCGCAUUGACAUGUAUGUGACAGCCAUUUCCAAUGCCAAAGCUGCAGGGGAGACAAGUAAAGUUCGAAGAUAUGACCGUGGGUUAAAGACACUGCAGUCCAUGCUGACAUCUGUCAGGAGAGGAAAACCAGUCAGUGAGGAGGAGAUGCCGCCUCCUGUUGCUCUCGGUGGAAAGGCCAACGUCACAGCCGAGUCUGAACCGAUUAAGGAGCGAGAACUGCCUCAGCCUGAGUUGAUGCCUUCUCCUCCCACAAAUCAGAAACCACUGAGGGAGGCUCCGCCACCAGCUCCUAAUGCAAAGCCACUGCUUCUGACCCCACCCCAGAAACAAGCUGUUGCUAUCACCCCAGAAACACCUGCCAUCUCUCCACUCACCCCCAGCCAGCCUGACACACAGCAUUCAGAGCUCAAACAGGCAGUGUUGGACAGACAGCGGGAGUACAAGAUGGCCGCCAUACAUGCCAAACAGGGUGGCGAGAUUGACCUGGCUAAGCAGCACUAUCUCACUGCCAAGAAGCUGGAUAUGCUAGUGGAGGCAAUGGACAGAGAUGAACCAGUAGACCUGAGCUCACUGCCUCCUCCCCCUGGAGAGGUAGUAGCAGAACACCGUGCACCUCCUCCUCCUCAGUCUUCCUCUAAACCUGCUGCCCCCGCUGCUCCUGCACCAACACAGGUGGCCACUGCUGAACUUCCUGCUCCCAGCAGUGUGGCAGAAGCCCUGCAGCAGAGGAUGGACAUAUACAAAUCAGCAGCAGAGGGAGCCAAGAGCAAAGGAGAUGAUCGCAAGGCUCGCAUGCACCAGCGCAUUGUCAAGCAAUACCAGGAUGCUAUCAAGGUUCACAAAGCCGGAAGACCUGUAAGCUUGUCGGACCUCCCUGUGCCACCAGGCUGUCCACCACUUCAGGGCUCAGAGGGGGGUCAGCAGAACUUCAUGGGUGUCCUGGAAACUGCAAUGAAAAUAGCUAAUCAGGAUGCAGACGGAGAAGAUGAAGAAGAGGAUGGACAAAAAGAGGCUGCCAGGCCUGCAGUGCGUCCACCCGCUCAGAAAGCAAAGUCUCCAGCUCCUCAGGCUCCUGGAGGCUCCUCAGCUGUAAAACUGGGACCUAAAGCUCAGCAGCAAGUUGAUUUCCUGUUGCUAAGGCGACAGGCUUUUUUGCGUGCAGCACUGCGCUCCAAACAGAUGAAGGACAUGACGGGAGCGGCACAACACCUCAGACAUGCCAAGGGACUGGACCCCAUGAUCACCGCUGCUAAGUCUGGCCUGCCUGUCGAUAUCAGCAAGAUUCCCACUGCUCCGGUCAGUGAGGAGGACUAUUCCCUGGCUCGCUCCCGUACCUCCCCUCUCUCCCCGCGCUCCAGCGAACAGUACCGCGGCCUGAUGGAUCAUUUGCGGAAGCAGCAUGAGAAAUGUCUGGGUUACUGUCAACAGUUCAUAACUCUGGGCAGUGUGGCUGAGGCUCUGAAGUUUGAGAGACUGUCUGAGGAGUGUAUGAAGAACAUAGAGACACUGAAGAAUGCCCACGCCAAGGGCCAGCCUGUCCCCAAGUGCCGCACAGAGGAGAGGACUGUCAACGCUGUCAAGAUCCACUCCAACCUGACGCCUAAUGAGCUGAUGCUGUUCAUCAUCAGAGGCAUCAACCUACCAACUCCCUCAGGUGUCUCACCGAACGAUCUGGAUGCCAGUGUGAAGUUUGAGUUUCCUUUUCCCAGUGCGGAGGAGGCUCAGAGGGACAAAACCAGCACAGUAAAGAACAGCAGCAGUCCUGAGUUUAAGGAACAGUUCAAACUUAAUAUCAACCGUGGCCACCGAGGCUUCAAACGAGUCGUCCAGUCCAAAGGCAUCAAGUUUGAAAUUAUCCACAAGGGAGGUCUGUUUAAGACAGACAAAGUGGUGGGCACAGCUCAGCUGAAGCUAGAGGCUCUGGAAAACCACUGUGACAUCAGAGAGAUCAUCGAGGUGAUGGAUGGACGUAAAGCUACAGGUGGCAAAUUGGAGGUGAGGGUGAAGAUCAGAGAGCCUUUAUCAGGAGUUGAUGUCCAUCCCGUGACAGAGAAGUGGCUGGUUCUCGAUCUCGUGUCUUCCCUUUCUCCUCCAGAGAGACAAAAGGAACGGGCUCCAUCUCCUCGGUCUAAACCCCGACAUGAAGCGAGCAGUAGGAGCAGCCAUCCCAGCAACUCCCCUCCACAGUACAAACUCCACAGUUUCAGCCUCCUCAACUACGACAGGGAGCGGCUGGAGAGAAAGAUAGCAGAGUACCGUAAGGCACGACGGGAUCCACCAUCUGACCUCAUCCAUCAACACAAGGAGGUCAACCACAGACUGCAGUGGCAGAAAGCACAGCUGGAGCGAGGCUCCCCUGCUCUGCUGUCAGAGUAUGAAAAUGUGCUGCAGCGUUUAGUCCAAGGACUUGCUGAUUCUGUGAAGAAAUUCUCCAGCCAAGGAAACAGGGACGCUGCCAAGGAUGUACUGGGCAGGUUGAAGUUGGUGGAGAGUGAGCUGGAAUCGCUGAAAAGGAAACGCUCCGGAUGAGAGGAGAGUGAGGAGCGCCGAGACUUGGCUGAAAUACUGUUAUAUCAUCUCUCUCUCAUACACACUCAUAUACAAACACUACAGUGGGUACUUAAAGCACCUUGAGCAUGAUUCUGUGCUGCUCAUGUCCAUGACAACUGCAUGAACCAGCCUGAUGAUUCUGUCAAUUGAUCCUAUAACUUGUGUCACUUGUGGUUACUCGCCUGCCACAGUAAUUAAGAACACAUCUGUAGCUACAAAGGGACACAGGAAUUAAAGCAAAGCAUUAAGAUGUGUUUAAUAGAGAUGAGAGAGGCGGGUUUAUUUGCACUUCAACCAGACAAACGCUACAGAAAGCUGCUUCUAAAGUAUGGCUUUACAGACUUUAUCUGCACUCUGUUAAUUGUUUUUUUUUAUUCCUGUCUUUCCUUUGAGAGGUGUUAGUGAAGAUUUGUCAGAAGAGUUAAAGUUUUACAUUUGAUACCAGCUCAACAGUCUUUUGGUGUCCAUAGAUGACCAAAAAUUGUGUGUGUGCAUGUGUCCAUGUGUGCACGUGCUCUCAAGUGUGCUUAACCAAUGGACUGAGGUGUUUUUAACCCCUUUUCCCAUAUUUUAUGUGUGUAAUGAGCUUAAUCUAAUCUGUCUGCUCCAGUGUUCCCAGAUUACAGUAAUCUGCUCCGUUUGGAGUGGUGUGAUAUGGGAAUAAAAAAACGGGGCUUCGGGGCACCACAGCCUACAUCCCAUAAUGAGGGAUUAGUGUUUGUGUCACCAAGGAGACGACUAGAUCAGACGUUGAGUCGCUUUUGGGGCUGGGGAGAGGGGGUGUUAACGGCGUGCUGUGAAUGAGGCAGAAGCUAAGCUCCACAAAAGGAUUGCUUCUUCUUCAUCAGCUGUUUCUUCUUUGUUGUCUUCUUCAUCUUCACUUUCUUCACACUAAUUCCUUCCCAUAUAUUCAGAGAUUAUUCAGAGUUAUGAGUAAUAGGGUGCGCCGCUCGGAUUUUCUUUGCACCCUUAAACAAUAUUAAGUCAUUGUGCUGUCGACUAGAAAAUAAUUAAGAGUUGCUGUGUCAGUGUGCAGCUAUUUUUCCACAGAUUUUGGCAUAUGCAGUUUACAAAACCAGAUUCUGUCCCAUUGAGCUCUGCAGUGGCAGCACAGUAGAUGCUGAACAGUCUGCCCACAGAAAGACAACCCAAUAUGUGUCAGUAAGGCUGGGUAAUUGCUCAUUUCUAUUUCUGUUCCCUCAUAGACAUCCCUGUCAGAGGCAUCCUUUAGUUAGCAUUCCUCAUAGCUACAUUUUCAAGUCACAGGGACAUAAUUCUGACCAACUUGAUACAUUUUAAUUAUGCGUGAUGAGCGCUGGCACCUUAAUCAUUUUGCCACAACAACACAACAUGUACAAAAACAGUAAUGAGACAAAUGUGUCCUACUCCUGCCGUGUGUUCUCCACUCUAUUUCGAACUCUGGACAGAUGUUUCCUCUGUGUUUGACAGCCUGCUAACCACACAGCAGAUGACAGCAGAUGCUGUUGAUCCAUGUUGAUCGCAUGUGACCAGAAUGUAGCAGACAACCUUAAACAAGCCUUACUGUAUGUAUUCAUUUGACUCUUCAGUGUGGAUGAUGGCUUUUAACCCCACUAAUAGUUUUUUUUUUUUUUUUUUGUCACGUGACACAGCCGAGGAUCAUGUGUUUGCUUUAAUCCACCCACUGCCUCACCCCAUUAGCAAAUAAUCCAGGUUAACGUUGACCUGAUGUGGCCAUGCAUAGUCUAUGUUGAUUUUUAUGUCACCCACCCCCCGCUUUUUUUUUUUUCUUAAUCUCCCUGAACAUAUCUUCCGACUCUUAUGGUCCUUUCAAUUAGAUGAUAUUGUUUUAGAUGGGAUGGGAUACAGCUUAUCUCGACAUAAUAUAACCUUGACUUUUAAUGGGAGGACACUUGAAGGACUAAGCCAAUGUGUUUGCAAGUUUUAGCUCCUUAACUACUGUACAAGUCGUGCACGCUCAGUUUUUCACUGCAUGCAGGACAAUUUCAGAUUGGAUUUAUUUUUCCUACUGUUUCAAGUCGCCGUUAAUUUUGAGAUCUUUAAACUUGCUUGAGUUUAAACCAAAUAUUUGGCCCACUGAGUUGUUGUAUUCAUCACAUGAAACAUCACGUCUGCAUUAAUGUUUGUCUGUGGUGCAGUUUAAGUGCAGAUUUGUUAGAAAAGUGCUGCAUUAAUGAUUGAAGAUUAAGAUAAUGUAACUUUGACAAAAUAAGUGCUCAGUCAAUGGAACUCGAGCAAAACUUUCAAGAGACUGCUAAUUGGUAUUCAAAGUGUGUGAAAACACUGUUAUUUAAGGCUGCAACUACAUGUAAUUUAAAUAUUGAUUCCUAUGCUGAUUAUGGUUUUGAUUUAUAGAUUUAUUUAGAUUUAUAGAAGAAUACCUCUUACAGUUUCCUAAACCCCAAAGCAGCAGCUUCAAAUGUUUUAUUUUGCCUGACUGAUGCUUCGAAACCCAAAGAGGUAUUCAGAUUUCAGUCACAUGGGAUGAAGAAAAGCAGCGAAUCCUCAUGAUUCAUAAACUGAAUAUAGUGAAUUUGGCGUUCUGGCUCGAAAAAUAUCAACAUUUCUUAACUACAGAAAGAUGAGCUGUGACGUAAAUUACAUGUGGUUUGUAGUUAAUGGGCUAAAACAUGCAAAACUCUGGUUUUAACACUCCUCAACACAAAAACUGCAAAGGUUCAGCACCCCCUUCUUUCACUCCAAAACCUUUGACCUCAUGCCACCUCAAACACACAUACACACACACAAGCCUGCCACAUCACCCUAUGCAGUGAGUAACCUCGUGGCCUCUAUGGCUGCCCUGUCGUCAUGGCAACAAGCUCAUCAGCAUUCAACAUGGUGUUUGGAUGGUCAGGACCUGGGAAGAGGGACAUAUUGUAAAAGUUUGUCCUGCUGGUGACUCACACUCCUUUCUCGCAUUCAGAGGACACCACACACACUCUCACACUCCUUUUUUAUUUCUCUGUACUUGUGGUUAACCUUUGCUGUUAUCUGACUACACUCCAAUUGGUGGAUUGUUUGUGAUUAUCAUCAUAAUUUGUGUCCUGAUCAGCUGCAGUUAAGAUGCAUUCAUGCGGGCUUGGGAAAAUCCUGUAGUUGAAACCUUCUGACAUUUUUUUUAUCUUUUAAGUCAUGUAAGGGCAAUCAAUAUAAAUGUAAUAUUUAUAUACAUUAUAUACAUACAUAAGCACUGUCUCUAUUUUUAAGUGUAAGUCAUGAUGAUUUGUGCAGUUCAAAAGGGGGAAUGUAUGAAGGCCUGAUUGUUUAGGCUUUAUUAUGAGGUUGGUGUUAACAUGAAUAAAAUGGUGAAAAAAGCAGA